AUGACGCUCACCACGGCGGAGAAUAUCGACGUUUUCGGGACGCAGCUGCAGAUGCAGGAGGACUCGCAGCAACCGCAUCCCGUUUACAUGAUGCUGAGCGUGCAACAACAACAACAGGAGCCACAGCACUACCAGAGACCGUCCCCGACGAGCUCGAGUCCUGUUGUGGGCACCAACAACAACCAGCACCUGCGGAACAACGUGAUCGUCGAGGCAAACGUCAAGGGUACCGUGAGUAUGGCGCACCAGCCCCCGAAGAAAAAGCCGUACGGCUCGCAGACGUGCGGCUCGUCGCACCAGCCAGCCUCGGUGGCUCGUAGGAACGCCCGCGAGCGCAACCGCGUCAAACUGGUGAACGACGGCUUCGCCAAGCUCCGCCAGCGCAUACCCCAGGCCCUGGCCCAAGCCAUGUGCGUCAACCCGAGCAACGGCAACAACUCGUCGAGCGGCUCCUCCUCCUCCUCCUCCUCGUCCUCCCGCGGUAGUGCCAACAACAAAAAGCUCUCCAAGGUCGACACCCUCAGGAUGGCCCUCGCCUACAUAAAGAACCUCAAACAAGUGAUCGACGAGCACGACUCGGAGCUGAGCGGCGCCUCCUCGGUCAGUAGCAAUGAGUCGAUUAUCGCGUCCCCCAUGAGCAGCCAAAAUUCGCCGGGGCCCUCGUGCAUCGACCUCGACCACCACAAUCUCCAACAGAGCCAGCCGCACCACCAACCCCAAGAGUUGCUACAACCGGUGCCAGUGCCACAGCAGCAACAGUUGCCGCAGAUGCAGCCCGUGGGUAUAAAGUUCGAGCUCAAGUCCGAGAGGAUGGACGACGAGUUCCCGGAGAGCUUCCACCACCACCACCACCAUCACGGUUUGUACCUGCAGCAGCCGGGCCAGCCGCAGCAGCAGAGCCCUAUAUACGUGCCAACGCCGAACUCGGAGGCGUCGAGCUCCCCGACCCCGAGCUUCGUGUCGGACGCCUCGUCGACCGGUGGUAGCCAGGGGUACGGCAGCGGUUUCGGGGGUGCGGUCUACGCGGUCGGCCACCCUGACGUGUACGACAGCUACGAGCCCAUGAGUCCCGAGGACGAGGAACAGCUCCUCGGCUAUUUGACCAUGUACCCGUGGCAGCAGGCGCAAUGA